UCUAGGGUUCUUUAUCAACGGCUAUUCCCAGUGGAGCGUCAGUUCCCAACUGGACGCGAUCGUGGACGGUUCUCGGUGAAGGAAGAAAAUAAAAUUGACGGUGCCGGAAAAUAUCUGGGGAUUUCUUAGUAGGUUCUUAUUAGUGAAAAGUGCCGGAAGUUGACCGUGUCGGGUUUAUUGCAAAAAAAAGUGACAUUUUCAACUGUCCCCCGGUGCUAGCAUAGAGGCGAAAAAGUUUCCAAAAUUUGGAUGUGGUGUGAUAAGUGAGUGUGAACGAGAGAGAGAUCGCGGCUGAUUCAGCAGAAUUUGGAAGAGCAGAGGAAGAGCUAACCAGAUCAACAGCCAGAAGCUACACAGCUACAGCAGCAGCAGGUCGAGAUGAGCAAACCGGCGGCCAAAAGUGGCAAUUUUAUGCUAAUAGCAUCAAUUGUGAUAUUAUCAGUAAUUCCAUAUGGACGAAGUCAAGAUUUCGGUUACGACGGAGAAAAAGGACCAUCGCACUGGGGCGACCAGUACAACAGCUGUACCGGGAAGCACCAGAGUCCGAUCAACAUCAACUCGCUGGACGUGAAGAAGGUGAACCUGCCACCGUUGGUCUUCGACGGGUUCGACAUUGCCCCGCUGCAGACCAAUUUGACCAACAAUGGGCACACAGUGGCCGUCACCGUCAAGUCUGACCACAUCCCGACGAUCUCCGGGGGUCCCCUGCACGGCGUCUACCAGUACUCGCAGCUGCACUUCCACUGGGGUGACAAUGACACCUUCGGCAGCGAGGACAUGAUCGACAAUCACAUCUUCCCCAUGGAGUUGCACGUGGUGUUCUUCAAGCGGGACUACCGGAACGCCAAGACGGCCCUCGACCACUCAGACGGGCUGACGGUGCUGGCGUUCUUCUACGAGAUCUCCUCCGAGGACAACCCGCGGUACGAGGAGUUUGUCCAGCUGCUGGGCAACGUGACCAACUCCCACAAGACGGCCACCUUCGCCGAUCCACCCUCGCUGAAGGAACUGAUCGCGCAGGACCUGCUCCACUAUUACACCUACAACGGAUCGCUGACGACACCCCCGUGCAGCGAAGUGGUCACGUGGAUCGACUUCAAGGAGCCGAUCAUGCUGUCCCAUGCGCAGAUCGAGGCGUUCCGUGCGCUCGAGGACGAGGAGGGCCAUCCGUUGACGCACAACUUCCGGCCCAUUCAACCGCUCGGGGAUCGCGUGGUGCUGUUCAACACGGACGAAAUCAUCAAGGACGUGGACCUGGGCGUGGAUGUGCCCCCGAGUGAGGUGGAAAACAGCAACCGAGUUGAGGAAGAGGUGCGGAAACCCUCUGGGUCCAAGCAGGGCAAGAAGGGCAAGGACAGUGGCGUCGCGAGGGGGACACCGGUGGCGAGUUGGGUGCUUUUGGGGUUGGCGUCGAUGGCACUGCUGGCGGCUAGCCGGUACUGAAGAAACUGAAACUCCUCCGCUACAGGGCAAAGCCGUGAAGAUUUGAACCAAACAUUGUAAAUAGCUCGCUUGUCAGAGAUUAGUGAAAAACUGUUCCACCGUGAUGACAAAAUGAUAGCAAUCGGAAAUUAUUUGUGGGUAGCUAAAAUUGAUAGUGUGUGUGACAAAAAUUAAUAAAGAGUAAGCAUCGUGAAUGUUCCAGUAUUGUGUGGUUAUGCUAAACGAACGACAACUAGAAAUUUUAAAAAAUAACAAUCAAAAUGAAACAAAAACCAUCGCCUCAACUAUUGUAGAAUCGGAUCACAACCAAAUAAUUUAUCACGUAUUUAAUGUAAUGUAAAAAUGUAAGCAGGAACCAAAAAACAAUUAUUAGACUGUAAGGUCAUCAAAAAAUAAAA